AUGUCGGCCAUGCAGUCAGCCUAUGGUAGCUACCCGCACACCCCGCGUACUCCGGCUACUCCUAACACUCCAGGCUCCAACAACAACAUGGGAAACUACCCUCCUCCUCCCAACCAGAACGCUGGUCGCGGCUCAUACCCCAUGAUGCCCAACAACCCGUAUGGCCAACCUCACCAGCCCUACGGCACCCAGUCGAUGCUUCCGCAGACCACGACUACCAUGUCCCACCCUCAGCCCAUCGCCCCCGCGCCCUCGCCUGGCGCUCGCGGUCCUCCCGUGCUCCGUCCCAUGCCCACCGGAGGUGUCAUGCCCCAGCAGGGCAUGCAGUCGCCCUACGGCCAGAGCCCGCUGAUGCCCCAGCCCUCUAUGCUCCCUGAGGGCGAGCAGCCGACCCAUGUCGUUGGCUCCCAGGGUCGCCGUGGCAUUCUCCCCAGUGCUCCUGGCCGUCCUGCCGCCCCAGCCGCUGGUACUGCCGGUGCCAAGGCUCAAGUACCCCAGAAGGAUGCGGACGGCAAGUUCCCGUGCCCUCACUGCACCAAGACCUAUUUGCACGCAAAGCAUCUUAAGCGCCAUCUCCUCCGACACACCGGCGAUCGCCCGUACAUGUGCGUGCUUUGCCGCGAUACGUUCUCUCGCAGUGACAUCCUGAAGCGUCACUUCCAAAAAUGCUCGAUCCGCCGUGGCAACCCCACCGGCGCCAGCCACCUUUCGCACCCGCACGCUCACGUUAAGAAGAACCCGGCGGCGCAGAAGCCCCUCCCCGAGGGUGAUCUGUCGCACAUGAACGGUAUGGGCAGCAUGCCCGCAGAUGGUAUUGUGCACCCUUUCGGUUUCAUUCCUGCUCAAGACGGGGGGUUGCCCAAUAUGACCAAUGAUCAGAGUAACCUCUCUAGAUCAGGCAGCAUCAACAGACUUGAAGAUGCCAAUGAUCGAGACAGGCGUAAUAUGACGGGAUCGGUCAUGGGCGCUUCCCGCGGGGCCAGCUUUGAUCAAUCGUUCAACGGGAACGUGCCUAACAGCAUGGCAGCCAACAUCAACCCGCAAUUGGCGAACUACCCUAUGCCGCCGAGCUCGAACGGCAUGCCGAUGUUUGGAGGACAAAACCAAGAUUGGUCACAAAUGUUCCAGGCUGGUGCGCAAAAUACCUACGUCAACAAUACCUUCCAACCUAAUGAUGGACAGACGCAGAUCGCAACCAAACCCGUACCUAAUCCCGAACCCGUAACUACAGAUGGCUUUCUCCCCGGAGACCACGGCCUCGCCGACGACCGCUCCCUUUUCCUCGGCAAUUGGGCACCGCCUUUUGCUCACGAUCCUUACCAGCAACUCUCUAACCAGAUCCUCAGUUUCUUCUAUCCUCCAGAUUCCAUAGUCAACCCGCAAACGGCCGGGCUCAAUCUCUACUUCGCGCCAGACAACGUCAAGGACUUCCUCGAGAAAUACACUCACUUCCACGUGCACUUCGCCAUCCUCCAUAUUCCCACCUUCCGUAUCAUGGACGCUUACACUGGCCUCCUAGCUGCUAUGUGUUGUGUCGGCGCCUGCUACUCCAGCCAAGUCUCCGCUGAUAACGUGCGCGAGAUGAUGAAUUUUCUCUGGACGGCCCUGCAGCGGGAUUCCUCAAUGCUGGCGUCCCUAAACAGCGCUCAACUCGACGACAAGUACAGAAAUGGCACCUUCGCAAGCAGCGCCAGAGAUAUUGAGGAAUUCCAGGCCAUCAUGCUUAUGCAUACUAUCUUCACCUGGAACGGAACGCCCGAGCAGCGUGAUGCCACACGGAAGAUCUUCCCUCUCAUCAGCACUCUCGCCCGGAACGCUGGUCUCCUUUCUGUCGUAAAUGACGCCUCGCUGCACAGUCCUCUUCACCAACCCGGCGUCUCCAUCGGUGCAUUCGACCCCUCGACUUUUGAUUGGGAUGUUUGGGUCCAACAAGAAAAGCGCAUACGUAUCAUGUAUUUUAUCUUCUUGGUCGACACGGCAAUGGGUCUUUACUUCAAUUCUCCACCGGUAUUUGAUCCGAUGGAAGUCAAGCUCCCACUGCCAGCAGACGAUGCGGCUUGGGAUGCACACAGCGGAACACAGUGUGCGGAAUGUCUGGGCUUGCACGGCCCAGAAGCCGCUCGUCAGCGCAAUCCCGAUGGGACACAGCGUGCCAAGCAACCCGAGUUGCAUCUGGCUCUGCAGGCUCUGCUCCAUGGCUCGUACCAGAUGCAGACAGGCACGACGAAUCUCUACGGCAAAUUCAUCAUCAUCCAUGCGCUGCUUGCACUCAUGCGCAAGGCUCAAUCCCAGGGGCACGCAGCCAGUAUCGCUGGCUCGAGCACACCCCUGCUUCAGAACGAUUGGAUUGUUCCCGGGCAUGACAGCACUGGCCCGAACUCGGGCGCGAGCAAUAGCGGUAGAGGGACGCCGGUAGAGGGCAUCAUGCCGACACAGACCUUGAAGUCUUUCAUCAUGGCGUUGGACAAGUUCAAGCGCAACUGGGACUCUGACAUGGCUCAUCAAUUCCUGCCUUCGUCUCGCAGUGCCAGGCGGCAUGGGUUUUCUCGCGAUGGUGUACACUUCUACUGGCUGGCCAACUACAUGGUGAAGCACACGCAGCCAUCAGAUCUGCAACUCGCACCAGAUCAACGGUUUGCGCAAGUCAUCCAUCUCCUCAAGUCAGUUAAGAGCUGGGUCAUGUCUGAUGGUGCGGCUAGAGGCGAAGAGCUGGGAUCUAUUGGAGAGAUUGAUAGGAAUUUUGGCGAACAGGGCGGCUUGACCUUGAACAUGGUCAGCCUCUUCAAACCUUUACCAAAGGUCGUGGAAUCCCCGGAGAUCACAUCUGUAAAAACGGCAAUCGGUACAAACAACUUGAUGUGA